AUAAGGAUUAGAAAAGUUGUCGUUAUGUACAGCCUUCCUUCAAGCAGACCUUGAUCCAAAACUGACUAUGACAACAUAUCGCUGAACAUCUUCUUCUUAUUCCUUUAGAUUAUAAAUCGAGAUGGCAGCCUCCUUGUCUGGAAAAAUUUUGCCGAAAUAUCAGGUUUAUACAAACACAUUGAGAAGAGGGCUGAGUCAAGUUGCUGGACUAAACGAUGUUGUGAUUGUCAGUGCAGUAAGAACUCCCAUUGGUUCAUUCCGCAGCAGUCUGGCCAGUGUACCUGCAACUCGCCUAGGAACAAUCGCAAUACAGGGGGCAGUGGCCAAAGCAGGUAUUUCCGGUGAGGAGGUAAAAGAGGUCUAUAUGGGAAAUGUGUGCCAGGCCAUGAAUGGUCAAGCCCCAGCCAGACAAGCUGCUCUUGGUGCAGGAUUGAAACUUGACACGCCAUGUACAACAGUGAACAAGGUUUGCGCCUCUGGUAUGAAAUCUAUCAUGCUGGCUGCACAGAGUCUUAUGUGUGGACAUCAGGAUGUUAUGGUAGCUGGCGGAAUGGAGAGUAUGUCUCAUGUCCCUUAUUACAUGGCUAGAGGCGAUUCGCCAUAUGGGGGAGUGAAAUUGAUAGAUGGUAUAGUACAUGAUGGUUUGUGGGAUGUCUACAAUAACAUUCACAUGGGGACAUGUACAGAGAAGACUGUGAGAGAUUUGAACAUAUCUCGUGAAGAGCAAGAUGAGUAUGCUAUUAAUAGUUAUAAGAGAAGCCAGGCAGCUGCGGCUGCUGGAGUCUUCUCUCGUGAAAUCGUAUCUGUGACCAUACCUCAAAGAAAAGGUGAUGACAAGAUUGUAACAGAUGAUGAGGAAUACAAGAAAGUGAACUUUGAGAAAAUAAAAACAGUGAAAGCAGUCUUCCAAAAAGAUGGUACAAUUACUGCAGCUAAUGCCAGUACUCUGAAUGACGGUGCUGCAGCUUUGGUGCUAAUGACUGCCCAAGCUGCUGAGAGAUUGAAAGUUCAACCACUCGCUAGGAUUAUAGGCUUUGCAGAUGCUGCAUGCGCUCCCAUAGACUUCCCAAUAGCUCCUGCAUUCGCAGUACCUAAAGUCCUUGAGCAAACAGGAGUGAAACAGGAAGAUAUCGCAAUGUUUGAAGUUAACGAGGCAUUUAGUGCUGUAGCCCUGGCCAAUCAAAAGAUGCUGGAUAUUGAUCCCACAAAGAUGAACAUUCAUGGUGGUGCAGUCAGUAUAGGACAUCCAAUUGGAAUGUCAGGCGCAAGAAUCACUGGUCAUAUGGUACACAACUUGAAGCCUGGGGAGAAAGGUCUUGCUGGUAUAUGUAAUGGAGGGGGUGGGGCCUCUGCUAUCAUAAUUGAACGCUUAUGAAGAAUAUUUGAACUUCCACAAAUUAGAAAAAUAUUUGAUAUUAAGCAUUUUAAUUCAUGAUGUGCUCAAUAUUCAAUACUUUGGUAUUAGGCCAAAUGUGAAAAUCUAUUUUAGAUAAUGUACAAAAUCAUGACAAGGACUAGAACAGACUAUGGUCAUGCAUGACAUAAUAGACAUGAAACAUUUGUUAACUGUUAAUGAGUUCUCAAUACUCAAAAUCUUUUUCAAAUUAAAAUUGAUGUCACAAAGUUGAGUGAUUAAAAUAACCAAAAGAAAAUCUAAUGGCAGCUAAAUUGACAAGAUUAAAUAAAUUAGUUAUAGUAUUAAAUAUAAAAAGAAUUCCUUUGGAUUCCUUUUGUGUAUUUCCACGGAAUAUGAUUGGUGGCAUUAGCUGUUUCUUCCACUUUCUGGAUGUAGGAGUCUUGGCAUCAUGCACUCUCUUCUUCCCUUCUUCCAAUCAGUAUUUUUAUAAAACCAAAAUUAAAAUAAAUAUAGCAACAUGAAGGCUGCUUGGAAGAU